AUGUUUUUCAAUGUUAUAACUAAAGAGAUGGGAAACAUCUGUAAAGGAAAAAGCUAUUGGAAAAACAUGGAAAGCGUUUUGGCCGUACUUCGAUCUAGAAAUAGAACAUUAAUCAAUUAUGAAUCAAUCACCCACCCAUUUUCAUAUUUAGAUUUAGCUUCCUUUAAGUUAAAUCAACAAGGGUAUCUGAUUGAAAGAAAAGUUUGGGUUAGGCCGAAAAGUUCUCAAUGUUUUAAUGAGAUUUUCACUCAAAUGGAGGAAUGUGAAUUUAAAGAGCAUUUUCGAGUAAAUCGUAACACAUUUAAUUUCCUAGUUAAUGAAUUGCAUCCACAUUUAGGCAAAACUACCACAACUAUGCGAGAACCUCUUUCACUAGUAAAACGUGUUGCAGUUGCAUUACAUUAUCUAGCUUCAUGUGAAGAGUAUCGUGUUGUGUCUAGCCUUUUUGUGGAAAAUUUAAAUAAACAUAGUAGAGAUUUCGAAGCUAUUCUUGGUUUUCCACAAUGCAUUGGAGCUGUUGAUGGACGCCACAUCCCUAUUUCAGCCCCUAAAGAUCAAGCAAUUUCUUAUUAUAAUUAUAAAGGGUGGUAUUCCAUUGUACUUUUUGCCGUUGUAGACUGUCGAUAUCGUUUCAUUUAUACAAGUGUUGGAUCGCCUGGUAGAAAUGAUGACAGCUAUAUUUUGCAGAAUUCUUCUUCUUUGAAAGCAAUUUUAGAAUCAAAUCUAUUUGAUAAAUGUUGUAAAGAGCUGGGCGAUUCUUUUGUUCCGCUAUGUUUGAUAGGUGAUUCAGCAUUUCCUUUAACGCGUCAUUUGUUAAAACCUUAUCCUAAAAAUUUGGAGCUUGAAAUUCAAAAAAAUUUCAAUAAAAUACUUUGCGGAGCUAGAAGAGUAGUUGAGAAUGCUUUUGGGCGCGUUAAAUACGAAACAGUUCGCGUUUAA